GGUAGGGAGGGCAUCUUCGAGGCGUUGAGCAGCGUCGCGGCGCCUGUAGCUUUUAGGACACCGUGAACCUCUGAACGCCUUCGGCAAUCUACAGAUCCUUGUUUCUUAUUCUUGUGAGAGGAAGAAAAAAAAGCCGCCACCAUGGACGCGAUCAAGAAGAAGAUGCAAGCGAUGAAGCUUGAAAAAGACAAUGCCGCCGACAAAGCCGACGCGAUGGAAGGCCAGGCCAAGGACGCAAACAUGCGCGCCGAGAAGGUCAAUGAAGAAGUUCGUGACCUCCAGAAGAAGCUCACCCAAAUCGAGAACGACCUCACCACCAACAAGAACGGUUUGGAACAGGCCAACAAAGACUUGGAAGAGAAAGAGAAGGUCUUGACCAACAAGGAGGCCGAAUGCGCCAGCUUGAACCGCAAAGUCCAGGUCAUUGAGGAGGAUUUGGAACGUUCUGAAGAGCGUUUGGGUACCGCUACCACCAAGCUGGCCGAAGCUUCACAGGCCGCUGACGAGAGCUCACGUAUGUGCAAGGUAUUGGAAAACCGUUCUCAACAGGAUGAAGAACGUAUGGACCAACUCACUAACCAAUUGAAGGAAGCCCGUAUGCUCGCUGAAGAUGCCGACAACAAAUCUGAUGAAGUUUCCCGCAAACUUGCCUUCGUUGAAGACGAGCUCGAAGUAGCUGAAGACCGUGUCAAAGGUGGAGAUGCCAAGAUCAUGGAGUUGGAAGAAGAAUUGAAAGUAGUAGGUAACUCCCUCAAAUCUUUGGAAGUAUCCGAAGAAAAGGCCAACCAAAGAGUGGAAGAAUUCAAGAAACAACUCAAGACUUUGACCGUCAAACUAAAGGAAGCAGAAGCUCGUGCAGAGUUCGCCGAAAAGACCGUCAAGAAGUUGCAGAAGGAAGUCGACAGGCUUGAAGGUAAAAAAGAGAGACAAGUUUUAUUUUUGGCAAAAUGCUUUUUACACUUUGAAGUGUCUCAAAAGUGUUUAAAAGUAGAUUUAACAUUUUUGAGACAUAAACGUAAUGAAAGUGGUACUGUAAUAUAGGCAACCCAGAUACUCUUGCUGAGUACUGUACUGCCUAUAUUUAAAGCAGUUCUAGGUAUAUUUUGCAGCUUUUUUAUUAUUUUGCUUGCUUUUUCAGAUUCCGUUCUGCGCGAAAAGAACAAAUACUUUGCCAUUGUUACUGAUAUUGACAAGACAUUCGUUGAAAUGUCCUCACAACAAAAGAAAUAAACAUAAUUUACAUUACAUUACACAUAAAAAUUACACAAUUGCAUAAAAAUUUAGUACAUUUACUAGUAGUUACGGGUACGUGGUAAUGUGUUAAGGUGUUUCCAUUUAUUAUACUCGUAUAAGAUGUUUCCAAAGUUCUCAUACACUGUUUUAUAAAUUAAAAUCUUAAAUAAAAUAUUUCGGAUACAUUUCCAAAUAACUAAUUACUUCAGAAUUUUCUCAGCGAAAUAUAACACAGAAUACAUUCGCCUUUUGUGUAUAUUUUCUUAUCUGAAAAACAGUUUUAUACCCGAAGGUGUACUUUCAAGAAAUACGCGUGUUUUUCUGUAAUAGGAAAGACUGAGCUCACAGGUGAAAUGUCUGUAAUAAACGGAAUUUGUUUUCAAAGAAAUAUCUUAAAAAAAAUGGACCUAAUAAAUAUAACAAGACCAAUAGCGACUCUUUUGGAAUAAGCUUAGCAACAUAAAGGACGAAUUAAGGACAUAAAUGAGUAAUUUUAAAAUUUCAUUAUUGCUUUCUUAAAAAUAAAGUAUUUUUCUGGAAUGCGUUAAGAUCAAGGUUCUUUAUUUAAUGGGUUUAGAUAUUAACACAUUACCACAAAACUAGAUAGUACCUAAAUGACUUCCUUAAUUAAUUAUCGUUCAGUAGCAAAACGUUUUAUAUUAUGAUAUUCUGGUGGAUAUGUACUUUUUAGGUUAAUCUUUUAUUUAUUAGUAACAUUUAACACAAAAUACCACACUUUUUACUUCCCUGCUUACGCAACUAACUUAUAUUUUGCUUACUGCCGCUGUGGAUUGCUUAUAUUGAGAUGAACUUGGAAUCAACAAGGACAGAUACAAGUCCCUCGCCGACGAAAUGGACUCAACCUUCGCCGAAUUGGCCGGUUAUUAAGUCCAGCAAGUCCAUUUUUAAUAUCUAUCACACAAUCACAUCCAUGUAAUCCCUGGAGAAAAUUUAAAAAGUCCAUGACGUAUUCCAUCAAAAAUCGUGGUCCUUUCAAAAUACUUAUACAAUGAUGUAUUUAUUUAUAUAUUAUUUAAUUUAUUUUUAAAACUAAACAUUUUACCAUUUUGUUGUCUGUCGGAUAUAAAAUAUAUAUUGUGAAUAUUUUUAGUGUUGAUAUAUUUUAAUUUACUGCCCUAACGCCUGAGUCACGUAUGUACAGCUUUAUGUUACGCCUAGAUAGCACUUGGUAAAGAAUUUGUUUAAUAAAUAUUAUCACUAA